AUGAGUCUGGGUAUGGCGAGUGGUUUCUGGGCGAUUCAGAUGACAGAGCGGGUGAAAUUGAUUUCAGCAUUUUUCUGCCCGUUCGGACAUUUCCAGUGGAUCCGGAUGCCUUUUGGACUCAAGAACGCGCCGUUAGUGUACCAGAGUGUGAUUAACAACUGUCUCUGGGGAAUCGUGCGGCUCCCACCUGAAGAGGAGCCUAAAGUCGACCGGGAUGUCCUGGAAUUUCUGUUGAUGAAGGAGGCGACUGCAUUCAGGCGAAACAUUCCGACCCCAACGCAGAUGGGACCAGUCUUGGGGCGAAGCUCCUACAUAGACGAUAUCGCUCAUGGGGCGCCUACCUGGGACAAAUUUUGUGAAGACCUGAAUGCCCUGCUAUUCCGACUCCGAUACUGGAAUAUCUCGGUUAGUCUUCCGAAAAGCGAGUUCGGCCAACAAACUAUACCGUACCUGUCCCACGAAGUCUGUGCCGAAGGUAUCAGGGCUACCCCGAAGAUUGCCAAGAGUGUACAAGACCUACCUUUCCCAUCGACUCUGAAGGGCGUUCAAUCCUUGAAUUACUAUAACAAGUUUAUCGAGGAUUUGUCUGUUGUCGCGACUGUGCUUUACGAGCUGGAUGAGGAUCGCAUUCGUGCCGGACAUGAUUUGGAUAAGGCCAAGGAAGCGUUCGAGAUUCUGAAACGGCGAGUCCUGAACGAGUCUGAACUCAGAUACCACAUCGCGGAGAAAGCAAUUCCGUCCGCUCAUCUACGGUUCAGAGACACCGAUUGUAUUCUAUACUCGGCACUCGGUCCUGAAGUGCUUACUGAGGUCGAACUCGGCCGACGGUCGUCACCUAAAGUGGGGCUUGGAAUUGUCGAAGUGGACUCUGGAAUUACGCCGUAUUACCCCCCCCGGGAGCACUUAGAUGAAGUCGCUGAAGACCUGAUCCCAGCUAAGGGGCGAAUCAAGGCACCUCCGCCGAUCAGUGUAGACAUGCUGGAUUCAGACUUCGAAGGUGCCCACGGAUUCCCUUUGGAGAACGUGACCGUGAACGAUGCUAAGUAUCACGGGUUGAUCAAAGGUUUGGAGCUGGCCUCCGACCGCGGUUUCAGAGAUGUGGUUGAGGUGGGCGAUUCUAGAAUCGUAAUCCAACAAGCGCAAGGGCUGAUAGGUUGCCACCAGCCUAAUCUGCAACGUCGACUUGCUGAGUAUGAAGCCUUGAAAGUGCAAUUCGGCUCCGUACGGUUGGUCCACGUCAAACGGGAUUAUAACCACGCGGCAGAUUACUUGAUGACGAAGACAUUGGCACUCGGAAAAGCAUCAGUAGUGGAAGAUGCGGAUGAAUUGAUGCAUCUGAAAUUCGUCUCGAGGAUCCUGGAGAAAAUUAUGAAGACUCCAGAGACCUCGGAACGAAAAGACAGCGCAAGUCAGAGUCUGAAGAGCGAUCAUCCAAAUGGCCUUGUUUCAGACCCCAUAGUUACAACCCGAAGUCGUUCCAGACAAGUUGGCCAAGUAGAUGACCUAAGUUGGCCAUUAGACUAUCGAAACGAACGUUGGAGACGGAUUAAAGUCCAUCAGGAUGGGGAUCCAGAGCUAAAAAGGCUCAAUGAUUAUUUGAAAGGUGACUUGUUGAACUAUACGCGGAAGGAAGUCAAGAAAAUCGCGAAGGGUUCGGACCGAUAUGUCUUAGAUUCAAGAGACGUUCUCUAUCGUUUGGCUGCGCCUACUCCGGAACGUCCUAGGGAUAAGCGUUCUGAACUUCGACUGGUUGUACCGGAAGCCUUACGACCGGACAUCCUACAUCACGCUUACGAAGAUUUCCAGAGUGGCCAUCAAGGUAUCACCAGGACAUAUGAACGUCUGCGUUCAGAGUUUUCAUUGAUGGGGAUGUUCGAAGACGUCGAAAUGUUUGUCAAGGAAUGUACGGAUUGCGUGUCCGCUAAGGGGCGACCUCCGAAUCCAGGACCCUCUCCCAGGAAUAUUGAACGGACCGUUCUAUUCGAAGUAGUGUCCAUGGAUUUUGUCACACACCUCCCGAAGUCGGAACGUGGGAAUACGUUCCUACUUUUGUUCCAGGAUAUGUUCACGGGCUACGUUACGUGUAAACCCAUGAGUAGCACUACCGCCCAAGCCUGUGCUGAAGCCUACGAAGAGGUUGUGUUCAGGAACUAUGGCACAAGCUCUGAAAUCCGCCACGACAGGGAUCCCCGCUUCAUGAGUCGGGUAUUCCGUCGUUUCAGUGAGAUGAUGGGUAUCCAACAGAAAGCAACGCUCGCGUAUCGCCUUCAGGCCAAUGGCCAACAGGAAUGA